AUGGCUGUGGCCCGCCGGCUCAAAAAGCAGGAGGCCGAUCGCAAGUCCCAGAAGCGGGUGCGUGAGAGGACCAAGAGCCGCAUUGCGCAUCUUGAGAACAUGGUUGAAACUUUGCGACAAAACGACUCAAAGGCACAAAUACUCACAUUGAUGGAUCAGCUGGGCCAGGUUACAAAGGAAAGAGACAAUUUACUACAAGUGCUUAAGUCCCUAGACUCAACAAUUGGUCGUCAUCUCGGUAACUCCACCACAAGCAAUCCUGCUCCAGACACAAAAUCCGAACUAUCGACGCACGCAUCAACAAGAGGACCUACGACCCCGGAAUGGGGAGAACAAACAGUCCCAGUCACUGUUACUGGGGGGUUCUCAGAAAUGUGUAGCCCUACAACACUAGAAACCCCAAUGGGCCCCCCUCCAAGUAGUCUCUUCGCCUAUAGCUACACCGCCAGCCACGAGCCAUAUUCAACAGCUUUUGGCAACCUGAUCCCCCCGCCCGACGUGAAUCAGCUUUGGCAACUUUCAGGAUUGGAGAGUGAUAUUGUCCCAUGGCCACAAAGAGUUCCUCAAGGUUGA